AUGCAAAUGUCUCUCUGGCCCGCCGGACAAGCCAGCAACGCCCAGGGAACUAUCGAGUGGGCUGGAGGUGAAAUAGACUGGGACCACGAGGAUAUCAAGACUAAGGGUUACUACUAUGCCACUUACGGCGAAGUGACCGUGGAGUGCUACGACCCCCCGUCUGGCACUAAUAUCGAGGGUGAUGUCUCCUACGAUUUCAAGGAUGACAGGGGUCUUGAAGCUUCUGUGGAAAUCACCGACAACAAGACCGUCCUUGCAUCCCUCGGUGCUACCGGUCUUGACAUGGACCUUGGGUCCAAUUCCACCAGCAACAACAGCAACAGCAACUCUACCGGUACGAUCACCAACAACUCCACAGUUCCCCCGAACCUUGGUGGUACUGGUGGCCAGGGCGGUGGCGGUUCCUCUGUUACUGGAACUGGCGAAGAGACAACUAGCACCAACGCCCCUGGCACUUUUAAUCAGGGAACCGACACCAGCAGCGAGGAUGGUGAGAACGCGGCCGCAUCUCCCAACGAGCGCGUCUUGAAAGGCUCCUUCUUCGCCGUCCUGGUUGCAAUUGUUGUCCUGAUUACCCUGUGA